AUGGCGAAGGAUACAAGUCAUUGGCGCGAAAAUAAGGUGGUGAUGUGGUUUUGCAAGGGAGUUCAGUUUGUAGCAGCACAGUGGCUGCUUAUUGGAUUUGCAGUGGCGUGUGUGUUGGGACGUUUCUUCCCAUCUGUUGCAGAGCAUGGGGGUGUGAUUCGAUCAGAGUACAGCAUCUUGUAUGGCGCCGUAGCCAUCAUCUUCUUAAUCAACGGGUUACAGCUUCCCCCUGAAAAAUUGAAGCAGAACCUGACAAACUGGAGAUUACAUGUGAUAAUUCAAGGGAGCAGCUUUGCGAUUAUCCCAGUGUUUAUGCUGAUCUUCGUACACAUCUGUCUCGCUGCUGGUGCACUCAAGCAUGGUACCCCUUCUAUCCCCAUCAUCCUUGGCAUGCUCGCUACGGCUUGUCUCCCCACCACGAUUGCUUCCAACGUGGUUAUGACGCGCUCAGCGGGAGGCGAUGAAGCCGCAGCCGUCAUCUCCGUAGUCAUAGGCAACACUAUUGGAUCCUUUCUCACGCCAAUUCUGAUAUACGGCUUCAUACCGCGAGACUCCGUCUUUGAUAAUUGGCGGCCUGCAGACCCGAGCACCCUGGGCGACAUGUACGCCAACGUGGCGAAGCAGCUGGGGUUGAGCGUCCUAUUGCCCCUGGCAGUAGGACAAGCGGUGAGGUGGUGGAAAGGAGAUAUGGUGGCCAAGGUCUUGAGGGUUACCAUGCUGGGGAAAUUGCCGAGCGUGUGUCUAAUACUGCUCGUAUGGACGACGUUUUCAGGCGCAUUUGGCACUGGCGCUCUCUACAAGCUGUCAAAAGCAGAUGUCAUUUUCAAUGUCUUCAUCAACAUCGGCCUUUAUAUCAUCUUCACUCUCAUCUGCUUCUAUCUCGCCCGCCCACCACUCCUCUUCGCCAGAUACAUUAACCCGCGCGUCACUAAAUCUCGCCUGCCGGAGAGAGCCCAGCGCAUAUUCACCGUCAAAAAGAUGUCUAAAGAGCAGACCAUUGCAGUCUGCUUUUGUGGAGCGGCCAAGACGACGAGUUUAGGUAUCCCUCUGGUGACGGCAAUGUGGAACCAGGCGGAUGACUUGACGAGGGCGUUUAUUACAAUCCCAGUGUUGCUUUAUACGAUUGAACAGGUGUUCAUGGCGCAAAUUUUGGUAUACUUUUUUAAGUGGUACUUGCAACGCGAUCAGAAAUCAGGAGGCGACGAUGUAGAAGCUAGUGGUGAAGAGCUGCCUGUGCCAGGGCAAGGAGAUGGUCAUGAAAGUGAUGUUACGGCUCAUGAUGCCGAGGAUUUGGAAAGAGUGACGGUGGAAAGAUUUGAAAAGAAUGAUGUAAAGACUGGGUAG